AUGAAGUUCACUUUCGCUACUAUUAUUAUUCCUUGCAUCUUCCACAGCGCUCUGGCAGCGCCUAUUAGAAUUGAGCAUGCCCUCGACGAGCAUAGAUUCGUGGAGAGAGGAUUUGACAUCAGAGAUGCAUUUUCUGUGAAAGCUCGCGAUGAGUACACCAGGAUUGCCAACAAUGGAGAUGCCGGGGCUGGAACUGAAGUAGCUGCUGUUGAAGCCACCAAGACCGCCGCCGGUGCCACCACUAGCGCUGAGACCUCAGCAGCAGCGAAAGACGACGCAAAGAAGACGGGCAAAGGCAAAGAUAAGAAGAAAGGAAAGGACAAGAAUAAGGGCAAGAAGGACAAGAAGGGCAAGAAGGGCGUAAAUAAGGAAGAGAAUGCUGUAGAAGCUCGGGAGGAGUCCGAGGAUGAUACCGAGGCGGUUGCCGAAUCCACCAAGACCGUGGCCGCUACAGCGGCUAGCGCCGAGACCUCAGCGGCGGCAAAGGACGGUGCCGCAAAGGAAGGCAAGGGCAAGGGCAAGGGCGAGAAGAAAGAUAAGAAGAAAGAUAAGAAGAAGGAUAAGAAGAAGGAUGAGAAGAAAGGCAAAAAAGAAGGCAAGGGAAAGGAUAAGAAGAAAGGGGCGACAGCUGCGGCAGCUGAGGCGACAGCAGCCAACUGA